AUGAGGAUCACACGAGAUGAUAUUUCGGAUGCUGACUGGGAUGACCUGUGGGACCAGUUUGAUGAGCGGCAGUAUCUGAAUGCCAAGAAGUGGCGCGUCGGUGACGAUCCCUAUAAGCUGUAUGCUUUCAACCAGCGGGAGAGCGAGCGCGUUGCCAGCAACCGGGUGGUCCCGGACACUCGCCUUUUAAGAUGCACGCUGCUUGUGUACUGCAAGGACCUCCCCCCGACCAGCAUCAUCAUCACCUUCCACAACGAGGCCCGCUCCACCCUGCUCAGAACCAUCCGCAGCAUAUUAAACCGUACCCCUAUGAAUCUGAUCCAGGAAAUCAUAUUAGUGGAUGACUUCAGCAAUGACCCUGAGGACUGCAAACAGCUCAUCAAGCUGCCCAAGGUGAAAUGCUUACGGAAUAAUGAGCGGCAAGGUCUGGUCCGGUCCCGGAUCCGGGGUGCUGAUAUAGCCCAGGGCACCACCCUGACUUUCCUCGACAGCCACUGUGAGGUGAACAGGGACUGGCUCCAGCCCCUGCUGCACAGGGUCAAAGAGGACUACACACGGGUGGUGUGCCCUGUGAUCGAUAUCAUCCACCUGGACACUUUCAACUACAUCGAGUCGGCCACAGAGCUCAGAGGGGGGUUUGACUGGAGCCUCCACUUCCAAUGGGAGCAGCUCACACCAGAGCAGAAGGCACGGCGCCUGGACCCCACCGAGCCCAUUAGGACUCCAAUCAUAGCUGGAGGGCUCUUUGUGAUGGACAAAUUCUGGUUUGACUACCUGGGGAAAUAUGACACGGACAUGGACAUCUGGGGCGGAGAGAACUUUGAAAUCUCCUUCAGAGUGUGGAUGUGCGGGGGCAGCCUAGAGAUCGUGCCCUGCAGCCGAGUGGGCCACGUCUUCCGGAAGAAGCACCCGUAUGUUUUCCCGGAUGGAAACGCCAACACGUACAUAAAGAACACCAAGCGGACAGCCGAAGUGUGGAUGGAUGAAUACAAACAGUACUAUUAUGCAUCCCGGCCAUUCGCCCUGGAGAGACCCUUUGGAAACAUUGAGAGCAGAGUGGACCUGAGGAGGAAUUUGCAGUGCCAGAGCUUCAAGUGGUACCUGGAGAAUGUCUAUCCAGAACUCAGAGUGCCUAAGGAUGCCUCCAUCCAGAAGGGCAAUAUCCGACAGAGGCAGAAGUGCCUAGAGUCUCAAAAGCAGAAAGACCAGGAGAUCUCCAACCUCAGGUUAAGCCCCUGUGUCAAGAUUGAAAGCAAGGAUGCAAAGUCCCAGAUCUGGGCCUUCACGUACACUCAGCAGAUUGUCCAAGAGGAACUGUGCCUGUCAGUCAUCACCGGGUUCCCGGGCGCCCCUGUGGUUCUUGCCCUUUGCAAGAAUGGAGAUGAGAAACAGCAAUGGACCAAGACUGGUUCCCGCAUUGAGCACGUGGCAUUCCACCUCUGCCUCGACACAGACAUGUUUGGUGAUGGCACUGAAAACGGCAGGGAAAUCGUUGUCAACCCGUGUGAGUCCUCACUUAUGAGCCAGCACUGGGACAUGAUGAGCUCUUGAAGACCCAGGAACCAGUGGGGGCUGUGGGGUGGCACGUCCCUGGAGAAGCAGCAGGCUGGAAAUCAGGCUGCAUGCAGCCCAUUGUCACCACAGACACCCUGAACUGGGAGGCAGAGGCUGUCUCAGGGAGGAUGUAGGAAGAGCUUGCAAGCCAAGUGGAACUCAGAGACAGAUCCCGCGUGUUCUCAAUGCUGUUAAGUUCCAGUCCUGGCCCAGUCUGUCCCCGACUGGUACCUGGAGACAGCAAUCUGAGGGGAAGUGUCAAUGUUGUUCCCUUCCUUACAAAAGAAGCUAGAGAGGAAAGUCUACCUUGUCACUAGGCCAGGACUCAGCUGAGAGGUGAAGAAUGAAGGUCGUUUCCAAAGCAAAUAAAGGAACCUUAG